GCGAGCUACACGCGGAGAAUAAAGCAAACGCAAACUACAUUUCCCAGCAUGCUCCAUGUCCUAACAGCGCAGCCAGGACGCUUUAUAAGCGAUUUUUUUUUGUAUAUUUUGCUGUUCGAAUUCUGCAGCUCGUCAAGAAGGAAGCAUACAGGUAAAAGCUUAGCGUGGAGGCCAUUAAAGCGCUCCUAUGGUUGCUAAUAAAAGAUGAAAGAACAUGAUUUGGGAAAGGACUGCCUGGCAGCAGGUCCUACGUACAGGGCCGUUCCCUGCAGAGAGGUUUUACCAGCAAGCGAAGUGGAGCACUUCCAGCUCACCAACGUCCAGGAUGCUCUUGAAACUGCAGGCCGAGCCGAAGGCGGCUUCCCACUGGACGGAGGCAGCGUCACUCACUCUAAAGAGCUGGAGGAGGAAGAAGGGCGAAGCAAGUACCACCACAGCGUUGGUGUCCUUAAGCCCUUCCGCUCAACCUGCAAACAUGAACAUCCAGUGGACAACGCCGGCUUCUUCUCCUUCAUGACCUUAAGCUGGCUCACGCCUCUGGCCAAAAUGGCCCACAAGAAAGGCCAGCUUCUACUGGAGGACAUUUGGGCUAUAUCGCAGUGGGAGAGCUGUGAGACCAAUGGCAAACGACUGGCAGGACUUUGGGAGAAGGAGCUGAACGAGCGAGGGGACCAGGCCUCUCUCCACCGUGUUGUCUGGCUGUUCUGUCGUACCCGGAUGCUGUUUUCCGUCCUGUGCCUCGUGGUCACUCAGCUCGCGGGCUUCAGCGGCCCAGCCUUUGUGGUAAGGCGGUUGUUGGAGUACACUCAGAAGAGUGAGCCUGAUCUGCCAUACGGCCUGCUGCUGGUCCUUGGUAUGCUGGGCACAGAGCUUCUGCGCUCCUGGUCACUUGCCCUCACCUGGGCACUCAACUACCGCACGGGCACGCGCCUGCGCGGCGCCAUCCUCACCAUGGCCUUCCACAAGAUCCUGCACCUCCGCAGCCUGCGCGAGAAGUCAUUUGGAGAGCUGAUCAACAUGUGCUCCAGCGAUGGCCAGCGUAUGUUCGAGGCAGCAGCCAUGGGCAGCUUGUUGGCAGGAGGCCCCCUGGUGGCCGUGUUAGGGAUGGCCUACAAUCUCUCAGUGCUUGGACCCACAUCUCUACUGGGCUCUGCUGUGUUCAUCCUUUUCUACCCUACAAUGAUGGUCAGCUCCAGACUCACAGCCUACUUCAGGAGGAAGGGAGUCGCUGUGACGGAUCGGCGUGUUCAGAAAAUGAACGAGAUCCUGAACUACAUUAAGUUCAUCAAGAUGUAUGCCUGGGUGAAGGCUUUUUCACAAGAUCUCAGAAGAAUAAGAGAUGAAGAACGUCAGAUCCUGGAGCGAACAGGAUAUUUCCAGAGUAUUACUGUUGGUGUGGCUCCAAUUGUCGUGGUGAUCGCGAGCGUGGCUACCUUCUCCACCCAUAUGCUGCUAGGUUAUGACCUCACUGCUGCUCAGGCAUUUACAGUUGUGACCAUCUUCAAUGCUAUGACCUUUGCCCUGAAAGUCACCCCCUUCUCAGUCAAGUCCCUUUCUGAAGCAUCUGUCGCGAUGGAGAGGUUCAAGAGCGUUCUCUUGAUGGCCGAGAUUAAGACUAUCCGCGAGCAACCACAGAACACAGACAUAUCUGUGGAACUGAGCGGGGCGAGUCUGGCCUGGGAGACAGGCGGGCACAGCGCCCAGCCUACGCCACGCGGCACUCCCUACGUUGGACUGGGUCAGAGAGCGGCGCGCAAGAAACGAUACCAGAAAGAGGAUCCGAGUCAUUGCGGGAUAGCGGAGGAGGAGCAUCAUGGACGUCUCUUGACUGAAAUACCCUCUGGGGCAGAAGACCACACCCUGCCUGUGCCAACCAUUAGCCAACGGCUGCAGAGGACCUUGCACUGUAUCGACCUCACCAUACAAAAGGGGAAGCUGGUGGGUAUCUGUGGUGGUGUUGGCAGUGGAAAGACUUCACUCAUCUCUGCUAUUCUUGGCCAGAUGACUCUACUUGAGGGAACGGUGGCAGUCGAUGGCAACUUUGCGUACGUGGCCCAGCAAGCCUGGAUUCUUAAUGCGACUUUUCGUGACAAUAUCCUUUUCGGGAAGGAUUAUGAGGAAGAAAGGUAUCAGGCAGUCCUGAGUGCCUGCUGUCUGAAACUGGACUUGUCCCUACUUCCUAACUCUGACCUAACUGAGAUUGGUGAACGAGGGGCAAGUCUGAGCGGUGGUCAGCGGCAAAGGGUCAGUCUAGCUCGGGCGCUUUACAGCGACAGGGACAUCUACAUCCUGGACGACCCUCUCAGUGCUCUAGAUGCCCAUGUGAGCAACCACAUCUUUAACAACGUUAUUAAGAAGCAGCUGCGUGGCAAGACCAUCAUCUUCGUCACCCACCAGCUACAGUACUUAGUGGACUGCGAUGAACUGAUCUUUAUGCGUGAGGGGAACAUCACCGAGAAGGGAAGCCACGAAGACCUGAUGAAUCUGAACGGAGAUUACGCUGCCAUGUUUAACAACCUGCAGCUCGGAGACGCCCCUUUUAUCGAGUUGUCAAACAAGACUGCCGGGAGUUCUCUGAAGAAACGCGGCGAAAAAGCCAAGGCAGGAUCUGUAAAGAAGGAGAAAGCUCCCAUCAAGAACACUGGUGGUCAGCUGAUGCAAGCUGAAGAGCACGGGAAAGGUUCGGUCCCCUGUGCGGUGUACAGAGUGUAUAUUCAAGCUUUAGGGGGCUGGCCUGUCUUCCUUUUUGUUCUGGUCCUCUUUGUCUUCAACAUGGGCAGCACUGCCUUCAGUAACUGGUGGCUCAGCUACUGGAUCAAGCAGGGCAGCGGGAACACCACUGUGUUUGUUGGAAACAACUCUGUGGUGAGCGACAGCAUGAAGGACAACCCACUGAUGCAUUACUAUGCUGCAGUUUACACCAUGUCCAUGGGCAUUAUGCUCUUACUUAAACUCCUCAGAGGCAUCAUCUUCGUGAAGGGAACUCUGCGUGCCUCGUCCCGGCUCCAUGAGGCACUUUUGCAGAAGAUUCUUCGCAGCCCUAUGAAGUUCUUUGACACCACACCUGCAGCACGGAUCCUCAACCGAUUCUCCAAAGACAUGGAUGAAGUGGACACACGUCUGCCUUUCCAGGCAGAGAUGUUCAUCCAGAACGUGAUCCUGGUAGUGUUUUGCCUGGGUGUCAUAUGCAGCAUCUUCCCAUGGUUCCUGGUGGCUGUCGGCCCAUUGGUGAUCCUCUUCACUGUGUUGCACGCUGUCUCUCGGGUCUUCAUACGCGAGCUGAAACGGCUAGACAAUGUCACGCAGUCACCUUUCCUCUCCCACAUCGCCUCCAGCAUCCAGGGCCUGAGCACGGUGCAGGCCUACAGCAAAGAAGACGAGUUCCUCCGCAGGUAUCGGGAGCUGCUGGAUCAGAACCAGGCUCCGUUUUACCUGUUCAGCUGUGCAAUGCGCUGGCUUGCUGUACGUCUGGACGUGAUCAGUGUCGCACUUAUCAGCAUCACAGCACUGAUGAUUGUUCUCAUGCAUGGGCAGAUCCCCCCUGCAUAUGCAGGCCUGGCAAUAUCCUACGCUGUUCAGCUGACCGGUCUGUUCCAGUUCACUGUCCGCCUUGCUUCUGAGACCGAAGCUCGCUUCACAUCGGUAGAGAGAAUCCAUCACUACAUUGAGUCUCUGUCACUGGAGGCUCCAGCACGGGUGAAGAACAAAGCCCCUCCUUCAGACUGGCCCCAAGAAGGGGAGGUUGUGUUUGACAAUGUAGAGAUGAAGUACAGAGAGGAACUUCCUUUGGUAUUGAAGAAGCUCUCAUGCACAAUCCGGCCUAAGGAGAAGGUGGGGAUUGUGGGCCGGACAGGUUCAGGGAAGUCCUCUUUAGGCGUGGUUCUCUUCCGGCUGGUGGAGCCUUGCGGUGGAAGCAUUAAGAUCGACGGUGUUAAUAUCUGCGACAUCGGCCUUGCUGAUUUACGCAGCAAGCUCUCCAUUAUCCCACAGGAACCUGUGCUUUUUAGCGGGACUGUCAGAUCAAACCUCGAUCCAUUUAACCAGUAUUCAGAGGUGCAGAUCUGGUAUGCUUUGGAGAGGACGCACAUGAAGGAAUGUGUAUCUCAGCUGCCAUUAAAGCUAGAGUCUGAAGUCGUAGAGAACGGCGAGAACUUUUCAGUGGGGGAGAGGCAGCUGUUGUGUGUGGCUAGAGCAUUGCUGAGACAGUGCAAGAUCUUGAUCUUGGAUGAGGCCACCGCUGCUAUGGACACAGAGACCGAUUCCCUGAUACAGGAAACCAUCCGUAACUCAUUCCAAGACUGCACAACCUUAACCAUCGCGCAUAGACUGCACACUGUUCUCAGCUGCGACCGCGUCAUGGUGCUCAACCAGGGCCAGGUGGUGGAAUUCGACGAGCCCUCCAGACUUCUGGCCAACGAGAACUCUCGGUUUUGCGCCAUGCUGGCUGCGGUGGAGAACAAGAUUUCCGUUAGAGGAUAAAAGGAAAGAGAAGAAGAAAAAAACAAUUAAAACAAGCAUGCACUUAUUAGGUUAGAGGAUAUCCAAACAUCCUUGACUGAAUAAAGCAGUCAGCGGUGCUUAUGCGUCACCUGCUCCUGCGGGUCGUCUGGGGCUUUGCCGUGUCUGGAGAGCGAGAAUGCUGUGUCUCUAUGGAGACCAAAUCUUGAACAUUGCCUGUUCGGAUUUACUUAAUGUUAGCUGCAAUGGUCAGGUCACCAAAUACUGAUACUGUAACAAUGUUUCGCGUUAUACAAGCCGACAUCGGUUUUCAUGUAGUUCCAUCCAUGCAAACUGGUGUGUUUCAUAGAUUGUUUAUCUAUAUCUAUUCUAAGAUGAUCUUAUUUACACUGGGGAAAGGGUGUGUGUGUGUGUGUGUGUAUGUGUGUGUGUCCAGAGCUUUUUUUUUUUCUGCGUUCGCUCUGUUCACAUAUGUCACAUGCACAAAUCACUGUACCAUAACCUUGAGUCUUAAUAACUUGCUGAUUUUUUUUUAUUUUUUAUUUUCAACUCGUGUGACUGUGUGACGUCUCGUAACCUGAACUCCUGAUGCUGGUGAUUCUGUUUCGCGGGAGGUUUUUGAUGGCACUGAGUUAGUCUGACUUUUAUAGAAACAGUGCUGCUUCUGAGAAUAAUUGUUCCAUGCAACAAGGACAGUUACGUUUGUGCUAAGAGGCCUUGGAUUCGCUUCCACAGUUUUGCUGUUGCGUCAACAUUUAGUUUUAGUCUGCUGAUCUAUCAAUAAAUUUUUAUUUUUUAUUUUUUUCUUUUCUUGUCUUUCCACAUUCGCAGUCAGAAGAACUCUGCACUGUUACACAUAUUAAUUUAUUUUUUCUUUCCUGUUUUAUCAUAGCUUGUUAAGCACGGCUGGUGCGCAUUAUAUGGUUUUAUUUUUAUUUUUUUAUAAAACAGUCUGUCUGUCAUAGCAAAGCUUUUGUUUAAGACACUUGGAUCAGGUAAAGGUCAAUUUCGAUCUUGAUUAAGCUCAUUUGCAUACCUACCUCCUCGGUAGGACACGCACAACGUCUAGUCAUCUGUUACUUUCUUUACUUUCCACAGCCUUAGCAUGUUUUAAUUGCCUUGUAAUGGGCCGGAGAUGUUCAGCAGGGAGAAUGAACUCUCUGUCUUGUGAAUAAAAUUAUUUUAGGUGUA